GGCUGUGGCCGCUCACAGCUCUGAAUCCGGGUCGGGGGAGGUUUUGGGAGAGUUUGGGGGAGCGGGCUUGAAGGAAUAGGUUGCAGGACUUGGGGAAGGGCUGCACUGGGGAAUUUCCAGAGUCGGGACUGGUUUAGAGCGGAGGAGCAGGCGUCCGCACUACGGACGCCCGGGGCAGGGUCUCGGAGUCCGGACCUGGCUUGGGGGUAUCGGAGCCGGGAUUGGGGGGAGCGGGCCCCACGUGCCUGUGACGCGGGGGCGGCCGGUAGGCGGCGGCGGCGACGCGGGGCCGGCGGCCGUGCGGUGCCGGGAGGGCUGCUAGGCAGGCGGCAGGAUGCUGCGCGCCGCACUGCCGCUGCUCGGGCUGCCCCUGGCGGGGGCGGGAGCAACCGAAGAGCCCACCCAGGAGCCGGGGUCGCCGGGUGAGCCUCCCCCAGGGUUGGCGCUCUUCCGCUGGCAGUGGCACGAGGUGGAGGCGCCCUACCUGGUAGCCCUCUGGAUCCUGGUGGCCAGCCUGGCUAAAAUCGUGUUUCACUUGUCUCGGAAGGUGACGUCUCUGGUCCCUGAGAGCUGCCUGCUGAUCUUGCUGGGACUGGUGCUGGGGGGCAUUGUCUUGGCUGUGGCCAAGAAAGCUGAAUACCAGCUGGAGCCAGGCACCUUCUUCCUCUUCCUGUUGCCUCCUAUCGUGCUGGACUCGGGCUAUUUCAUGCCUAGCCGGCUGUUCUUUGACAACCUGGGCGCCAUCCUCACCUACGCUGUGGUGGGCACACUCUGGAAUGCCUUCACGACAGGUGCUGCCCUCUGGGGCCUGCAGCAGGCUGGACUUGUGGCCCCUAGAGUGCAGGCUGGCUUGCUGGACUUCCUGCUGUUUGGGAGCCUCAUCUCAGCAGUGGACCCCGUGGCCGUGCUGGCUGUCUUUGAGGAGGUGCACGUCAACGAGACCCUCUUUAUCAUCGUCUUCGGCGAGUCCCUGCUCAAUGAUGCAGUUACUGUGGUGCUGUACAAGGUCUGCAACUCUUUUGUGGAGAUGGGCUCUGCCAACGUGCAGGCCACUGACUACCUGAAGGGAGUCGCCUCCUUGUUUGUGGUCAGUCUGGGCGGGGCAGCCGUGGGCUUAGUCUUUGCCUUCCUCCUGGCCCUGACCACACGCUUCACCAAGCGGGUCCGCAUCAUCGAGCCUCUGCUGGUCUUCCUCCUCGCCUACGCAGCCUACCUUACUGCUGAAAUGGCCUCGCUCUCCGCCAUUCUUGCGGUGACUAUGUGUGGCCUGGGCUGUAAGAAGUACGUGGAGGCCAAUAUCUCCCAUAAGUCCCGCACGGCUGUCAAGUACACAAUGAAGACUCUAGCCAGCUGCGCUGAGACCAUCAUCUUCAUGCUGCUUGGCAUCUCGGCCGUGGACUCUUCCAAGUGGGCCUGGGACUCUGGGCUGGUGCUGGGCACCCUCUUCUUCAUCCUGUUCUUCCGAGCCCUCGGCGUAGUCCUGCAGACGUGGGUGCUGAAUCAGUUCCGGCUGGUCCCUCUGGACAAGAUUGACCAGGUGGUGAUGUCCUAUGGGGGCCUGCGGGGGGCUGUGGCCUUCGCUCUCGUCAUCCUCCUGGACAGGACCAAGAUCCCUGCCAAGGACUACUUUGUAGCCACCACUAUUGUGGUGGUCUUCUUCACAGUCAUCGUGCAGGGCCUGACCAUCAAGCCACUGGUCAAGUGGCUGAAGGUGAAGAGGAGUGAGCAUCACAAACCCACCCUGAACCAGGAGCUGCAUGAGCACACUUUUGACCACAUUCUGGCUGCAGUGGAGGACGUUGUGGGGCACCAUGGCUAUCACUACUGGAGGGACAGGUGGGAGCAGUUUGAUAAGAAGUACCUGAGUCAGCUGUUGAUGCGGCGGUCAGCCUACCGCAUCCGGGACCAGAUUUGGGAUGUGUACUACAGACUCAACAUCCGGGAUGCCAUCAGCUUCGUGGACCAGGGAGGCCACGUCUUGUCCUCCACCGGGCUCACUCUGCCCUCUAUGCCCAGCCGCAAUUCUGUGGCAGAGACCUCUGUCACCAACCUGCUGAGGGAGAGUGGCAGUGGAGCAUGUCUGGAUCUGCAGGUGAUUGACACAGUACGCAGCGGCCGGGACCGUGAGGAUGCUGUGAUGCACCACCUGCUCUGUGGAGGCCUCUACAAACCUCGCUACAGGUACAAAGCCAGCUGCAGCCGCCACUUCAUCUCUGAGGAUGCGCAGGAGCGCCAGGACAAGGAGGUCUUCCAGCAGAACAUGAAGCGGCGGCUGGAGUCCUUUAAGUCCACCAAGCACAACAUCUGCUUCACCAAGAGCAAGCCACGACCCCGCAAGGCCGGCCGCAAGAAGAAGGAUGGCAUGGCUAACACGGAGGCUACAAAUGGGAAACCUCCUCGAGACCUGGGCUUCCAGGACACAGCUGCUGUGAUAUUAACCGUAGAGUCUGAGGAGGAGGAGGACAGCGACAGUUCGGAGACAGAGAAGGAGGACGAUGAAGGGAUCAUCUUUGUGGCUCGGGCUACCAGUGAGGUUCUCCAAGAGGGCAAAGUCUCAGGGAGCCUUGAGGUGUGCCCAAGCCCACGCAUCAUCCCCCCCUCCCCAACCUGUGCAGAGAAGGAGCUGCCCUGGAAGAGUGGGCAGGGGGACCUGGCAGUCUACGUGUCCUCAGAGACCACCAAGAUUGUGCCCGUGGACAUGCAGACAGGCUGGAACCAGAGCAUCUCGUCCCUGGAGAGCCUGGCAUCCCCGCCCUGUACCCAGGCCCCAGCUAUGACCCGCCUGCCUCCCCGCUCACUGGUCACUGAAGAGCCCCAGGCCCCCCUCAACCUGCCUUCUGAUCUACGCCCUAGCUUUGCCUUUCCCCCGAGCCUGGCCAAGGCUGGCCGCUCUCACAGCGAGAGCAGCGCUGACAUCCCCCAGCAGCAGGAGCUGCAGCCCCUCAUGGGACACGAGGACCACACUCAUCUCAGCCCAGGCACCGCCAAUUCCCACUGGUGCAUCCAGUUCAACAGAGGUGGCCGGCUGUAGCCCGGGGACUCGAGGAGGAGCAGGGGGCCGGAGCCCCUGUGGAAACCUUCCCUGCACAAUGGGCAGAGGAGCCCACUCAACCUGAUACGGGGUUAGAGGGGCCUGGACUGAAGUAGCAACUGGGCUCCCGUGGGGCAGGUCAGAAGGGUCUCCUGGGCUGGUCCUCACAGGGACCUUUUUCACCACCCUCCCUGCUUCUAACUCCUGCCACUUUCCCUUUCAGUAAGGCCCUUACCCUGGCUCAAGACCCAGUCCAGAGCUUCUAGGGGCAAGGUCCAGAGAUGCGGGUAGUUGAUGCCCCUUCCCCAGAGGGUCCUCAUGGGGUGACUCUACGCAGAUGUUCUUGCCCCCAAAGCAAGGGCAUCAUUCCUCAGCUGACACUGGCCUUUCCUGCCCUCCAUCUCCUCCCUAGCACCAGCGCAAGGACAGUACCCUGGCAGAAGGCUCCGCGAGGGGCUGGUCCUCCGAGGGUAUGGGGUAGGAAGUGCAGCAGGCUUUGCUGCCCUGUUGGGUCAGCUACCCAUAAUCGAUUUGUUUAGGGCAGUGGGAAUCUGUCUCCACUCCUUGCUUUAUCUCCUUCCCUUUGCUGCCAGUCACUGGGGCAAUAGUUCCUCCUUUUCCAGGACUUAGGCCACAGGGCUGGGCCAGGCUUCACAACAGGGCUGCUUCUUAGCCAGGGUUACUCUGGGGGAUCUGCUGCUCUGUGUCCAAGUUUGGACCUUUCAGAUCCUUGGGUCUGGGUUUUAUGAGGAGGGGAGACGAUGGCCUCUGGGCUCCCACCCACAUUGUCACCUUGUUAUUCCCCAAACAGGAAAGGAGCCAGGUAUCCCAGGGCCACUGCUCCACUGCUCUGGGGCUGGGAUGCCUGGCUGCAGUGGUAAGGGGCUGACUGGGUGGCAGGUGACUUUCCUGGGGUUAGCGCCUGCCCUGUAUUUUGUACUUUGAACCUAAGAUACAUUAAACAUCUCUCGGAUGGA